UCACGAUGCGAACCUGUUUAGUUUUUGGCAUUAGUGUUUUUACUUCUUUUUAGUAUUAUUCAUGUAGAAAAAAUAUAUCGAUUUACAAAAAAUAUAAUUUUAAUAUAAUAAAAUUGUUAUUUUUACAUUUUCAUAAAAAUAAUAUGCUUUUAAAAUUAUCACUUAAUCAGUCAAUGUGAUGUUAUUGUAAACGAAUAUACGUAACCUUCACCUAAUUUUUAUAAGAACGUUCAUCGUUCAUCCAUAAUUUAAAAACACAUUAACUCAAUGUAACAAUUUUCUACGCUACGAAAGUGCAUAACGCUACGCGAUCGUAGUUCAUGCUACGAGACGUCGCAAAGUUAAGAAUGAUACUUUUUACACAUCUUUACUAGCGUAAAAAAAUGACUUUCUGAAAAAGAUUUUUGAAAUAUCUAAGAAACUUUUUUCAUAGAACCUUAGAAAUUAGGAGCAAAACUAAAACUGUCAUACAUAUUUACAUAACAAACCAUUAUUUCAAUUUGUGAAAAAAUAUUCAUAAACUCAGGUAUCUCAUUUUAAUAACAGAUCCCGUGAAACGUUAACUGACCGCGCUUUAGAUCCAUUCAAUUAAAAAUUCCAUCUCCUAAUCGAGUCAUGAAAUAUGCAAGCAAAUAUUAUCCCUUUUCUUUUGUACGCGCUGCAUAUUCGCCCCACCCGCGCACGCACACCGACGCACGGCACUUAUGAUUUAUGACCGUCCCUGUCGCACGUAGGCGGUGGAUGCUGGGAGAAGCGUGGUGCGAUCUCUGUCGAUCUGCCGAAGCGGCAGCGACCGCGAGUAACCCCUGGCCACUUCGUGUGGACUCGCACGCGCCGUCGUCGGCCGGCCGAGUGAGACAGACACAGUUUGUGGACAUGCGGAGGCCGCGGAGCCCUCGCGCGAAGGGACACAGGCAGGACAGACGCUCUCGGACAUCGGGCGAGAGCGGGCGGCCGGCGCACCUGCCUCGCACCGACCACGCGCGCGAUCUUACCGAUACAUCGUAAACACAAAAACAUUUUCGAACUGCUAAUAAAAUUUCCUCGUCAUCAUCGCAAAGAAAAUAAAAGUUAUAAAUUCAUUUUAAGACAAUAAAACGGUUAUUUUUCGAAACGGACAGUGCUUUGAUUUUAUUUUUAAAACAGACUGAAAAGUGAACAAGUUUUGAUGGGACAUAUUGGAAUUAUACGGAGUGAUUAAUUUUUUAGCCCAAUUUGAAGAUCGCCAAUUGGUGUGGAUUGAUUAGAUAGGGCUCUGAGACGCAUGUUCGAGUGUUGAUAAGGCCCUAUGACCAGAAAAAAAUAUUAAUGAAGAAUUAUGUGAAUAAUGAAUUAAUCGGAGACAUCAUGAAAAGGAAAAAGUAAAUUGGAAAUUUAUUCAAUUUUAAGUUAACCACGAUGAAAAAAUUACGGAGAUGACUAAAAAUGUUGGAACAUUUGCCGUCGGAUAAUGUGAUGACUCUUAAACUGUUAUCAAAAGACGUUUUAAGCAUCCGAUAAGGUCGCUGGACCGUCGGGCGGUCCGUGUGAAGUGAACUAAAAACUGUCGCCUGAUAGUAAAAUAUUAAGAUAAACAUUUCUCAGGAUAAAGAAGUUGUUCAAGAUCUAAAAAUAGGUGACCAAAUCAAGAUGAGAAUCAAGAUGCCAGCUGUACGCAUCGCGCAAGCGGAUGCGGACAGCGCGGCAGAAGGCGGUGGGUCUCCAACACCAGGAGUACCAGCUGAUACCCUCACCUGUGGUGCUUGCAGACGAGCCUUCGCACUCGCCGACAUCGUACGCUUCAUCCAACACAAAGUCUCAUCUUGCGAUAAGGACCUAACGUCUUUUCAUUGUUAUAGUGCUGGGCCAAACUCAGAUCCAGAAGAUGGUUCAAGACCAGGUCAGAUGUCAACAAGUAACUCAAGUAGCAGAAGGCCAUCUCUGCUUACUGCUAGGAGGCCGCCUAAUAGUAGAGUGCAUACUCCUCCCUUGGUUAGUCCAUCGAUUGCUCCUCCUGAUCUCAUAGAAGACGGUGGUGCAUCUAGUACACCGAAGAGGCUAUUAGAUGACGCAGAAACCGAAACAUCUACACCAAAACGGAGAGCAUCGACAUCACCAAUGCCAUCCAGUUCACCCGAUGAAGAUAUUAAGCCCAAAAUUAAACAGGAACAUAUGGACACUUCUGGAUCACCCGAAGAUCAGAAAAAGUCCAGAACAGAAAUGGCUGAUGCAGAAUCUAACACAAUGCAUAGUGAACCGAGCAACUACGUGUGUUCAACGUGCAAAGCCCGUGUUCACUCUGCGUGGAGGCUACUGCAGCACGUCCAACAUGUCCAUGGCGUGAAAAUCUAUGUGGAAACACUCCCACAACAACAGCCUAGCAAACAAAACCACUCGACGUCGAGUACGUCAUCGACGAGUUCCGGGUGUUCGUCCAGUGGUGCGCCACUCCCACCUCCUUCUUUACGUCAUCAUCCGUUACUACCACCACCUGACAUGCACUCGCCAUUCGGUGUGGGUGGUUUACUAAGAAUGCCACUUCCAGGUAGUCUACCACCCUUAGCUCAUCCUUCAGUGCCACCAGCACCACUAUUUGCGCGGCCGAACCAUCACGAUCACAGGUUUAGAAUGGAACAAUUAGUGUCAGAACAAUUCCGACACCAUGGCCUCAAUCUAGCAGCCGCAGCGGCUGCUGUUGCGGCAAACUCUCUACCGCCUCACCAAACAUUCCCAUCACCAGCCGAUCGACCUCCCGUUAUACCCACUUCGGUGUCAAGUCGCGAUAGAGCACCACCAGUAUCACAACCCCUCUCACUUGAACCCCAGCUGGAUUUUUACUCGCAGCGCUUGCGGCAACUGGCCGGUACGACCAGUCCAGGGGCGGCCACAGGCAAUUCCAGCUCUCCUAGCCCCAGGAAGCAUUCGCCGCCGUUCGCUUCCCCGUCGCCCUCCCGAGUUGGACAAACUCCACCGGCGGGCGCCGGACCCGGAACGGUGGACACCCCUCGCGAGGCAAUCAGGCCACACACUUCGACAUCCCCAGAACGACGUAUUGAGCCGAUGGCGGCCGACGCACCACCUCCUGAGCGACCGUCAUCAACCCCACCCGCCAAACGCAACAACGAUGAAGGGAUCCACUCUUGCGAGUUCUGCGGAAAGAAAUUUAGAUUUGAAAAUAACUUGAUCGUACAUAGGCGAUCUCAUACUGGGGAGAAACCUUUUAAGUGUACAGAAUGUGAUGAGGCUUUUGAGAAGGCAUCAAAAUUAAAAAAACACAUGAAAGUACAUCGAGGUCCCGAUGUGAAAUCUGAAGAAGGUGAAUCUGGUGGCGAUACUGCUGAAGAUGACUCUGACGAUGAGUUAGAGGAUGAAGAACUUGACGGUGAAGAGGAAGAGGAAAACGAAGAUGGCGAUGAUGUCGAAGAGGCUGAGGAUUUAACAGUAUCCAAUAGUAGUGUUCCCUCAGCACCGACUCGAAAACAAACACCGGCCUUACCAGCCCAUCCUCCGACAGCUUCUGUAGUUGGUGAAUUAAUGGACAAAUUUGGUCUUUCAAAUAUAGCUCAAUAUAGCGAAGCAUUCAAACAAGCUUUACAAGAAUCUGGAAAAUCAUUGAAUUGGCAAUUAGCAAAAGAUCGAGAUAAUAAUAAUGCCCCGAGUGAGAAACCAAAUGGAAUGCAACCAGCCGCUUUACGGUUAAAAGAAGAAUUUGCUAAAAUGCCACCUCAACCUCAUCCACUCUUCAACCCUUUCGAGAACCCUUUCGAAGCUUCUAAACGAAUGAAAUUAGAUAUGGAUCGGGGGGAAGGCUGGUGGCUCCCGACGCUCCAUGCACAAAGGCCGCCAGAAAAUAUUUUCGAUGGUUUAAAAAACAGCAGCAAUGGUUUACUUCAGAAUCCGUUGUUGAAGUCAAAGGAUGGGAGACGUAAUGACACUUGUGAAUUUUGCGGCAAAGUUUUCAAGAACUGCUCAAAUUUAACUGUGCAUAGACGUUCUCAUACCGGGGAGAAGCCUUAUAAAUGCGAAUUGUGUUCGUACGCGUGCGCGCAAAGCUCAAAACUGACGCGUCACAUGAAAACGCACGGGAGGUUAGGUAAGGACGUGUACCGUUGUCGGUUUUGCGAAAUGCCCUUCUCCGUUCCGUCGACAUUGGAGAAGCACAUGCGUAAGUGUGUUGUGAAUCAAAGUAAUGGUGCUGCUUUAGCAUUAUCCGAUGACUCUAACGCCUGCCGCGAUGAGGCAUCGUGACUCUACCCGUGGGGUGGUCUCCGACUGCCACCGCCCGCGCCGCCCAGCCAGAUCUUCUAAGGCCUAAUGAAUUUAGCAAUUAAUUUCGUCGCGAUGACGAUCACCCCGCGCGAUUCGCUUGUGACAGGUCGUACUUUGUUCAACUUCUAGUCUUAAGAUUUAAUUGGUGGUCGUUCGACUAUUGCAAUACGAGCCCAAAAUACGUUUGCACCGAAGGGCAUUAUUUUAACAUAUCUUUUCUGUGCCGAAAUAGUUGCGGUUCCAUUUUAUUGUUGACGUUAGGUUAAAAGUUUUUUGUUUUUCGUGGCUGUAUUUUGUGAGCUGCCCUACGUUACUAUUUCGAUAUUGUUUUGACAUGUUUUUUAUUUAUAGAAAAAAAAAAAUGUGGAAACCAAUGCCAAAGUUAGCUAUGUUGAUUUAACAGGAUUUAGUUAUUAAGUUGUAUAGUGUCAAUUAAUAUAGAUUUUUUCCAAUAAUUUUAAGGUCUAUGUAGUUCGAUGUAGUAUGUGUUUUCAAUAAAGUUGUUUCGUAAUUUUAGAUUAUUAUGUACAAUACAUUAAAAUAAGCAAAAAUGUUUCCUAUCUUAGUUAAUGAUCUUUUGUAUAUAGUAAGUUGUAAUUAAGUGUAUUGUGUAAAUCGAGUACCUACCUAUUGAUGUUCAUAUUUAUAAACAAUGUUUCACAAAUUAUUUAAAAAAUAAACAAACGGAAAAACGGUGUGUUUCCUGUAAUCGAUAAUUAAUUAAGCAUUGUAGAAAGCAAAAUUGGAAUCGAUCUAAAGGUGAGCGUAUUUCCAUAGUAAUUAAUUAAUGUUUAAAUUAUUUAAUGAAAAAUAUAUUAUUAUUAUUAUUAAAUCUUGCGACACUUUCGAUCCUCAUUUCUAUGCUUUUGUUUCAUACGAAAAAAAGCUAGUUAUGUUUUAAGACUGAAAAAUAAUAUUCCAGUUUUGUUUUGAAUUUUUGUUUUCAUGUGAUUCUGUAUUCGUGGAAGUAAAUUCACUCGUACCUUAGUCCAAACGUGAAAUCGUUCAGUAUACGUACUUAAUGUAAAUUACGGAUAGAGUUUAUAUUAGAUCAUUAUAAGUAAAUUAUAAUAUCAGCAUUCUGUCGUCCAUCGGUCUCGGAUUCAAUGAUGUUAUAACAUUAGGGCUUCUACGAGCGAUGUAAACAUAGAAAUAAUUUUAAGCUUUAUUUCGCUCGAACAAGACCUAAAGUUGUGGAAUUAAUUCUAGUGUUUAUGGCAUUUCAAUUACGAAAAUGCUGUGUGGAAACAAAUGUCAUCUUAUCCGUUUUAUUUAAAUGCCAUAAAUGUAGAAUUAUCGUCGCCAAUGAGCCAGUUUGGAAUAGAUUGAAACGACUUGUCGGCAUAAUAUACACUUCGAUAUAAUAUAGAACAUCAAUUUGUAACUUAACUCAUAUCACUAUCCACUUGUACAUUCGCCAUCACUUAAUGUAAAAAAAAUGUGAAAUAGAUAUGAUUGUUAUGAGAUGAAUUAAUUGUCGUGAUUCGUUGUAACGUCUCUUUUUUUAUUUCGAUAAAAAAAAUUGCACAGAUAGUAAAUUUAUUAAAUAAAAAAGUAUAUAUAUACGUAAGACAGGGACGACGGAUGAAGACAAAAUAGCAAAACAAAAAAAACUUUAAGACAAAUUUUAUUGUGUCACUACGUGAAAGAUGAACUGUUUUUAUUAUUUUAAUUUUUAUUAUUUUUAUUUCAAUAAAUAUCCACGAUUUGUUAAUCAAAACUUUGUUUUAAUGUACCUUAUUAACUAACGGUGUAAUGUUAUAUAUCCUCAAAAGGAUAGAUACGGUACUAUUGGAUAUUCGACAUAUUCACUGCUAC